UGCCGUCCUAUCAUGACACGGGGAGCCGCAGGACCCAAGUGGUCGCCAGACCGCCUCUAACGCGCGCGGGAGUCCAAUGCCUCAGCGCCUUUUGCAGGUCCUCGACUUUGGUGGGGUGAAAUAUGAAAUGUCCGCGGGAGAGCCGGGUUCUUCCCCUGUUGCAUCUGGCUUUCCUCCUGGCGGCCGGCCGCGGCGAGCCCGGCCGGGCUUUCUCCCCCUCUGCAGGAGGAGUGCAAUUCUCCCAGCCGGAGGCGGAUCUGUCCACCGUCCAUCCAGUGAAAACGGACCCGGACGGACAAUUCCUCUCCCACUCCCUGUCUCACCACUUCAACGGUGGGCGCGUUAGGCGUGACCUUCGACCCCUGGCUUCGGGGGAACGGGUUUACUACAAGGUCAGCUACAAAGGCCGGGUUUUGAGUUUCAAUUUGACGGCGAACAGUCAGUUGAUUUCGGGCGGAUACGUCCUGGAGACGAGGAACGGGAGUGUGGACAGGACGGAGCGCUUCUCCGGGGGGAAUACCUGCCACCUCCUCGGCACCGUGGCCGACUCCGGCGUGCACAGGACCGCGGCCGUCAGCACUUGCAGAGGACUGAAAGGUGUCUUCUCUCUGUCAGAGGGACACUUUUUCAUCGAACCGGUCCAGAGGCCUCCCGGUGACCCUGCCGGGGGCCCGGAGGCUCAUUUAAUCUACCCCAGAUCCACCACGCGAGCACACAGAUCCCAACGCAGCGCUGACAGCCGGGACACGCCCAGCCCCUGCGGCGUUAAAGAUGCUCCUGGCGACUUCAUCCGGGCAGAGAGGGAGAGGGAGGAGUGGGAACGGGAGCAGCAGCAAGGAGGAAAUCGGCGCUCCCAACGCUCCGUCAGCAGGGAGAGAUGGGUGGAGACCAUGGUGGUGGCCGACUCCAAACUCAUCGAAUACCACGGCAGCGACAACGUGGAGUCCUACAUCUUCACCAUCAUGAAUAUGGUGGCUGGGAUCUUCCAUGAUGCCAGCAUUGGGAAUGCCAUCCACGUCAUCCUGGUCCGCCUCAUUCUGCUACAGGGAGAGGAGAAAGGGCUGAAGAUCAUUCACCAUGCAGACACCACUCUGGCCAGUUUCUGUGCCUGGCAGAAGAACCACAAUCCACAGAGUGACACACACCCAGCACACCACGAUCUGGCUGUGUUGGUGACCAGGAAAGACAUCUGUGCAGGGAUGAACCAGCCCUGUGAGACUCUGGGUCUGUCUCACCUGUCUGGGAUGUGCCAGCCGCACCGCAGCUGCAACAUCAAUGAAGACUCUGGUCUGCCUGUCGCCUUCACCAUCGCCCAUGAGAUGGGCCACAGCUUUGGUAUCCACCAUGAUGGCCAGGGCAACGACUGUGAGGUGGAGGGCAAACACCCCUUCAUCAUGUCCAGACAGCUGAUGUACGACAGCUCUCCUCUCACGUGGUCGUCCUGCUCCAAGGAUUACAUCACACGCUUCCUAGAUCGUGGUUGGGGGUCUUGUCUGGAUGACCGUCCGUCCAAGAGAGACAUCUCCACCCCGCUGGCUCGCCUUGGUGUUCGAUACACCACACACCACCAGUGUCAGCUGCAGUACGGUCCCAACGCCACCUUCUGCACCGAGGUCGACAAUGUCUGCCAAAUCCUCUGGUGUUCAGUCAACGGCUCCUGUCGCUCCAAACUGGACUCGCCCAUAGAUGGUACCCGCUGUGGCCCUGAGAAGUGGUGCAUCUCAGGAGAGUGUGUCAUCGUGGGGAAACUACCAGAGACGGUGAAUGGAGGCUGGGGACCUUGGAGCGGCUGGUCUCACUGCUCCAGGACCUGCGGAACCGGAGUCCAGUCUGCAGAGAGGGAAUGCAAUAACCCGAAACCGGAGUUUGGGGGGAAGUACUGCACCGGGGAGAGGAAGCGUUAUCGGACCUGCAACACCAAGCCGUGUCUGAAAAACACUCCCACCUUCAGAGAGAUGCUGUGCAGCGAGUUUGACACUGUGCCCUACCAGAAUGAAGUCUACCAGUGGAUUCCCGUGGCUAACCCGUUGAGCCCCUGCGAGCUGCACUGCCGACCACUGAACGAGUACUUCUCAGAGAAGAUGCUGGACGCCGUGACGGAUGGCACGCCGUGUUUCAUGAACAACAACUCCAGGAACAUCUGCGUCAAUGGAGUUUGCAAGGAGGUCGGCUGUGACCACGGCAUCGACUCCAACGCAGUGGAGGAUCGCUGCGGAGUGUGUCUGGGAGACGGCUUGAGCUGUGAAACUGUCCACAAGAUGUUUGAGGGAGGAGAAGGCUUCGGGUACGUGGAUGUGGGCGUGAUACCCGAGGGCGCCCGAGACAUUCUGGUGCAGGAAGUGGAGGAGGCAGGUAACUUCCUGGCGCUGAGGGGCCAGGGCUUGGAGGAGUACUUCCUCAAUGGGAACUACAUCAUCCAGUGGAACGGCGAGUACGAAGCCGGAGGGACGACGUUCUACUAUGAGCGCAGCGGGAACAUGGAGAACCUCACCGCCCCCGGGCCCACCAGGCAGCCCGUCAUCAUCCAGCUGCUGUAUCAGGAGAAGAACCCUGGUAUUAAGUAUGAGUACAUCAUCAAGAAGAGCCAAAGUACAGAAAAUGAGAUCACUGAACCAAUCUACAGGUGGCGACACGGAGCAUGGACAGACUGCAGCACUACCUGUGGACUAGGGGAGCAGCAUCAGCCCGCACGCUGUUUUGAGAUGGAUGUGGGGGUUGUGGAUGAGUCUCUGUGUGACCCCGAGAGUCGCCCGGAAGACCACCACCGCAGGUGUAAGAAUAUGGAGUGUCCGGCCAGGUGGUGGGUGGGGGGUUGGCAGCACUGCACUGCCACCUGUGGACCAGAAGGGGUACGGAAACGCACAGUGUUGUGUGUCCGCACCGUCAGUGGGGAGGAGAGGGUGCUGCACCCCGUGGACUGCAAGCACCUCCUCAAACCCAAACCAGUGGUGCCCUGCAACCGAGACGUUACUUGUGGACAAGACUGGGCUGUCGGAAACUGGGACGAGUGUCCAGUGACAUGUGGAGGGGGUGUUCGUUCACGGACGGUCACCUGUGUGACAGCGCCCAAAAAGAUGUGUGACCUUUUGACCAAACCACGGUCUAGGUCGCUGUGUGCCCUGCAGAGCUGCCCGAACGCAAGUCUACGCAGACGACCGGGUCCUCCACCGAAGUACCGCCGCAUCUACCCACCAAAGAGCUACCCCCCAAAAAGCCUCCCCACCACACGUUUUGGGGUCCCCGAAAGGACUGGUGUAACAGCUUCACCCGCGACUACAGUCCCUGAGAAGGUGAAGACGACUGUUUUCGUUCCCACCACCAUGUCCACCACCACCCCUGAAACCACAACUGCUGAAAUCACAGAUGUGGAUAAUGAUGAGUUCAGCUCCACCAUGAGGAGAAAUAAUGUGAAAGAUGAAUAUGAGGUCAACACUAAAAGCGGCACUGAGGAAGAUGUUGGGAAGGAGGAAGUCGAGGAAGAAGAUGGUAGCACGCCUGAUGCGGUGAGAUACACUCCAGGUUAUGACUACAUCAUUGAGGAUAGGGCAGCCGAGGAAGAUGGCAUCAUUGACCUUGAUGUUGCAACACAAGCGGCGUCAAUAAUCACUCACAUUAAAACCACAGCGACAUCUUACCCUCUAACCAACACCCCGACAAUACACGUAAGCUCAGAUGCCGCGCAGACAACCGCGCAACCUGCAACCCCAACUUUACACAGCAGUAUGGAUAUGCAGGGCAAGACCACUCACCACUACCCUCUCUCUGACUCCAACAUCACCCUUUUCAAUGAUCCGUACACCCAUGGGGGCUACAGGAUACUCCACACCACCCCAACGCCCAAGAAACAUUCGAGUCCAUCCAAAAGUCGACACCACACCACGCGGGCCCAGACCCCAACCAGGAGAAAAACCACUGCCGUAAUCCCCAAAUCCACAAUGAAGAUUAUCAAACUGAAGAGGCCUGCAGAGCCUUCCCAGAGGAGCACCUCUGGCUCUCGCUCUAAGAAACCCUCCGCCCGCUCCAAAGUCUCGGCCCAUCGCUUCAAGAGCCACCACAAGAGAACAGGGAGUCCCUCUGCCAACACAUCCAGCGACCAGAACAACCUGAUGGCCAGAGAGCCGGUCAGCAUGGACGUAUUCUGGGUAGCCGGGAACUGGAGUGAGUGUUCCACGUCAUGUGGUAUCGGUGCAGUAUGGAGGACGGUAAAGUGCAGCACGCAGAACGAAGAGGACUGUGCCAACCUGAAGAGACCGGAGCCUGCUCGCACCUGUCACCUCCAACCAUGCGCCACCUGGAUCAGCAGCAACUGGAGCAAGUGUCCAGAUGGCUGUGCAGUGGUGGGCAGGAGGCAGCGGGAUGUCCAGUGUGUUGACUUGCAGACUAACCGUCCUCUCAGGCCUUUCCACUGCCAGACCGUGUCCCCCAGACCGCCCAGCACCCUGUCCUGCCCCCACAAACCCUGCCUGGCCUGGAGGACAUCACCCUGGGGACAGUGCUCGGGCAGCUGUGGCGAGGGAAUCAGAGAACGGCUGGUGUAUUGCCCUGAGCCGCAGCGCUGUAGCGCCCCGCGGAGGCCAAACAGCACCGAGACCUGCAGGCUAAAGGCCUGCAUGCGGUGGGACGGCAAGGACUGGGAGGAGUGCUCCGUCAGCUGUGGUGGAGGUCUGCAGCAGCGUGAGGUGAACUGCAUUAGCGAGGACAGCGUGGAUGUGGUGCCAGACGGCCUCUGUGAGAAGAUCGCCAAACCAGAAACACUCAGGAAGUGCAACAUGCAGGAAUGUAAGACCAACGCAGGUCUGGUUUGCAGGAAGAACGCCAUGUCCUCCCGCUUCUGUGACAUGCUGAAGCUGCUGGGGCGCUGCUCCCUCCGGUCGGUCCAGAGGCAGUGCUGCGCCACCUGCGGUCUGUGA